AUGCGCACAACCUGUAACGCCUGUCAACAAGCAAAGAUUCGAUGUAGCCACACUUACCCGUGCGAGAGGUGCGAAAGUCACGGGUAUGAGUGUGUCUAUUCGAUCUCGCAACCGCUGGGCCGGCCGGCCAAGAGAAAGACAAACCGCUGCGGGGAGGGCACCGAGGCCAGCCCGCGCAGUGAGGGCGCAGAGGGCGCGCAGGGUCCCGAGUCGGAUCCCGAGUCCAACUACAGCAUCCGGCUCGGGUCCUGGGACAGGGAAGAGUCGCACAAGAGCGACUCCAGGGCCGGCACUGAGGUCACACCACCGGAGGAAGACUUUCAGUGGCCGAGUUUCACAGAGUUGUUCUCGGAUGUUUCAGAAAGCCAGACAGAUGGAGAUGGGAUCCAGGACCAGGAGUUCGUCAGCACAAACGAGGCCAGCAACCACCUCGAUCCAGGAUUCGCCGAUACUAGCCUGGAGAGCUCGUUUGAGCGAGCUGACGGAUUCGAAAGUUUUGGGGGAUUCGUGCACACCGCUGCGCCGGGCACCCAGUCGGGGUCACUCUUUCAGGGUGGUGCGAUCUACCCUUUCAGCCUCGCACCGAACGCAAUACAGGUCUCAGGAACAGUAGACGGUCCCGCUAGAAUCAUGGAAUUGCCCUCCAAUGAAAUCUGGCAAGAACCAUCCGAAACUGAUUCCAGUCAGUCUCUGUUUCCAGGAGAGAUCGACCUUGAGGUACUGCCGGAAGAAGCUUCUUCCCUUCACUGCGAUUGCUAUGCCCAGGCAUUCAGUGAAGUCGUGCGAUCGGAGGAGGCGAAUGGGCCAAAUACAGCAUUGCUCCACCUAGAAAGGGUGCAGCAACAGGGAGUGGUCAUCCUUCAAUGUCAAGUAUGCUUUGCCUCACACGUCAGGGCUAAUGUUCUCACAUUAUUAGUCAUGGCGAUUGAGAAGGCGGCACGGGCGUUGAAGGUGAGGGCCAAAUUGGCCACUACCUCGGUGCAAGGGGGGGUACAUUCCGUGUGGGGAGAGGAGGACAUCAGCCAGAUGCGCCGUUGCCUAUCUCAUUUGUCAAUUAUCGUCCGUUUCAUCCACCAAGAUCUCCAGUGUGCUUCUCCCUCAAGAUGGCACCUGGUAAUGGCGGACGAGACAGAUCGUCGGCUGCAGUCGAUUAUUCGAACCUUCGAGUGA